CGUGAAAUAAAGCGGGGAAAGGGGAGCGAGCAGAGCAAAUUGGUGCGUACGAGAAAGAAAAUAAUAUAAGGGAAAAGGUAAAGAACUUAAAGAAAUAUGGCUGUAUCGGCAACUCCGCCGGUGCUUUCUCCGAGCUCGACACCGGGCGCAGGCGCUUUAUUCCGGCCCGACACGCUUUACUCCAGCCCAGCCGAGUCAUCGAGGCUAACCAGCAACAUGAUCAAUGCCUUCCUCACCAGCGGAGGAGGCGGCCAUGCGAGCAACAACGGUUCCAUUGGAACCACCAGUAAUAGCAGCAAUAACGAGUGCAAAAUGGUUGACGUGCACGGGGUCAAAGUGGCCUCGUUCACCGUAGACGGCCAGGAGCUGAUCUGCCUACCACAGGUGUUCGACCUGUUCCUGAAGCACCUUGUCGGCGGCCUGCAUACCGUCUACACGAAACUCAAGCGACUGGACAUCUCGCCUGUGGUAUGCACAGUGGAACAGGUGCGCGUGCUACGUGGCCUCGGCGCAAUCCAGCCUGGCGUGAACCGCUGCAAGCUCAUCAGCCGUAAGGACUUCGAGGCACUCUACAGCGACUGCACGAACGCCAGCUCUCGUCCUGGCCGUCCUCCCAAGCGUUCUCUGGGAAUGUCCUUGCAGGAUGGUUCCAGGCUUCUCCCUCACAGCGUCCAUGGCCUUCUGUCCCCAAGCCUGCUCUCCCCUACAGGUCUGACAGCAGCAGCUAUGGCAGAGGCAAUGAAGCUGCAGAAGAUGAAGCUGAUGGCCAUGAACAGCAUCCAUGGAGCAAGCAGUCAGAAUGGAACGGAGUCUGAAAAUGAAGAGCUCAACUCCAACACAGGGGGUAGUGAGUCAUCCUGGGAUAAGGAAAAGUUGCAGUCACCCCCCUCAUCUGGAGCACAGCAUGGUUUGGCCCAUGCCAGCCUCUCUGGUUCACACCUCACCUCACUCCAGCAGAGCCACCUCCUGGCCAACCGUCUUGAUUUGCCUUUUAUGAUGAUGCCUCACCCCCUGUUGCCUGUCAGUCUGCCCCCUGCCUCUGUUGCCAUGGCAAUGAACCAGAUGAACCACCUCAAUACCAUUGCGAACAUGGCUGCCACUGCACAGAUGCACAGCCCCCUGUCCAGAGCUGGAGCAUCCGUCAUCAAGGAGUGUGUGCAGGACAGUCCAUCUCCAUCUCCUUCUCUGGAGGAAGACCCUCGUCCAGGUUCACAGCCCUCUUCCCAUGCCAGCAGCAGUGUGUCCAGCUCUCCACAUCCACAGAGCCCUGAGCACCUGGUGCUGAAUCCAACUGAUGGUGAGCUUGCAGACAGAGAGACUGCCAUUAACAGGAAGAAAAUCAUCAAAGAGAAAGAUGAAGCUCAGCUAGCCUUGCCCCUCCUGAAGUCAAGUUUUGAGAAGCUUCCUCUGGGUGCUCAGACUUUUCCUCCAGGCUUUCCUGCUCCAUUCCUCUUUACUGAGGGCCUUUCCUCUGUUGAAACAUUGCUCACCAACAUCCAGGGCCUGCUAAAGGUGGCAGUGGACAAUGCACGUGUGCAGGAGAAACAGGUGCAGCAGGAGAGGAAAGAGCUCAAGAUGGAGCUGUACAGAGAACGUGAAAUGAGAGAGAGUCUGGAGAGGCAGCUCACUUCUGAGCUCCACAGCCGAGCUACCAUCCAGAAGCGUCUGAAAAAGGAGAAGAAGGUGAAGAGGAAACUACAGGAUGCUCUGGAUUUCGAGUCAAAGAGGAGAGAACAGGUGGAACAGGCCCUCAAACAAGCCACCUCUGCGGAGAACCUCUGCAUCAGUCUCAAUGAAGCAGCGAUACCAGAAGUGGAACCUGAACAUAAUGGCAGUCAGCAGGACUCAGCCAUACAAGAGAAUAGACCCUACUCCAAGCCUCCCAUUAUGUACUGAGAUGGAUGUGCAGCUCCUCUUUAUGUCCCUCCCUGCCAUGAGAUGACUUCUGCUAUCCUUUUGAACUUCUUGACACUGACGUUGGGGUUUUCACAGGGGCAAGUUCUGAAGUUGAUGACCA